GGUACAGCCCACGCGGUUCCGUAGCUAUGGAGAGAGGCUCCCCAGGAGCACGAGCCAGAGAGAGAGAGAGAGAGAGAGAGAGAGCAGGGACGAGUGAGGAGCGAGGAGAACGGAUCCGGGAGUGCCGAGGCGCACAGACACACAGGAAUCAUGGAGAAAAGAUUACCGCUCAGGAGGACUUUGCCAUCUAACGGACUGCGACUUUUAAUAUCCCUCCUCACUGUAUACGGACUUACCGCAGGUGUGAGCAGUAACCAGGUAGUUGUUCCUGAAAAAGUGAAUGCAGUGCUGGGAAAGAACAUCACACUGGGCUGCCGAAUAGAAGUGGGUCCCAGCCUCAGCUUCACGCAGAGCUCCUGGGAGCGUCGUCUUCCUUCAGGCACUAUUACCCUGGCGGUAUUUAAUCCCGAGUUUGGAACCUCAUAUUCUUCACAAUAUGAAAAACGUAUCUCAUUUGUUUCCCCUUCAAUACGAGAUGCCACCAUUACCCUUGAAGGAGUUGACUUUACGGAUAUCGGGUCCUACACCUGCAAAGUGGCUACAUUUCCUUUGGGCAAUACACAAGCAUCCACCCAUGUUAAUGUUUUAGUGGAGCCAAAAGUGUACGUGUCCGCAGGCCCCACAGCUCUGCUGGACGGUGGCAAUGAGUCACUGGUGGCCACCUGCAUUGCAGAGCGUGGUCUUCCUGAAGCCGAGGUUUUCUGGGAGACGGAGCUGUACGGGCGAUCUGAGAAGCAGAGUCAGAAUGAGGCAAACGGCAUCACCACCGUACAUGUGCACUACAUGUGGCAGCCACGGAGCUCCGCCCAGGGGAAGACACUCACCUGUGUGGUGAGACACCCAGCCCUGCAGACAGAGUUUCGUAUACCCUACAUGCUAAAUGUCCAGUUUGCACCAGCGGUAUCCAUCAUGGGAAUUAGCAAAAAUUGGUACGCUGGCCAAGCAAAUGUGAAAUUAAACUGUGAAGCCAAGGCCAACCCAGCUGCGCGUCAGUUCACAUGGACCAGGUUGGAUGGCUUGAUGCCUGAGGGUGUUGAGAUCUCAAACAAUAGCCUUGCUUUCACUCGGCCAUUGGAGCGCAAUGAUUCUGGAGUCUAUCACUGCGAAGUGACGAAUGACAUCGGUACCAGCAGUCAGGUUGUGAACAUCUGGGUACAAGAUCCUCCCCCCACUACCGCAGCCGCCAGCACCACUGCCUCUGUCCUCCACGACACCCCUGGAACCGGCACUGCUGUGGACCGGCGGAGAGCCCCGUUCACCUCCCCCACCUUGGCGUCCUUACACGACAGCAGCCUGGGUACUAUAGUUGGUGGGGCAGUGGGAGGAGUUCUCUUCCUGAUCCUCUUGCUGAUCCUUGGCGGGGCUUGCUAUAUGCACCAACGUCGAACCUUCAGAGGGGACUACUACACCAAACAGUAUUUGGGACCCUCCGACAUGCAGAAGGAAUCUCAGCUGGACGUGCUGCAGCCGCACGAGCUGCAAGAGGUCUACGGGGACAAAACGAGCAAAGGUAGCCAGGAUCUGAAACCCAAAUUGGGUGGGGAUAUCAUUUACCCCGACUACACACCUGAGCGCAAAGACAGGGACGACUGGGUCGACAGGGGAGAUGCCAACAGGGGUUUCAAGGAGGGAAACUACUACCCAGAUCACUACAACAGCCAAAACAUGCACCCCUGCGGGCCUCCUGUGCACAGCCCCAUAGUCAACAACGGCUCCCCCUAUCUCCCGGAGGACUGCUAUGACAAUGGUACAGACAGCGACUACGUGUCCCACAUGGACGGAUCUGUGAUUUCACGCAGGGAGUGGUAUGUUUGAAGAAACAAGCAAAUGGAGGGGGAGAAAUGGACAGCUGACUGAGAAUAAUUUGACAAAUGACAGAUUUAAAUAUCAUUAAAAGCUGUGUCAUUUCAGUUAAAGGAUAAAAGAACAUUUCUCAGCUCAGUCUCACAAUGAGCUCUUUGAACAAUACUGCUCUGCCUUGAUUUUAACCACUUAAACCUUAAGGACAUGGACAUGGAUUGCGUUUCACUUUUGUGGCAUUUCAAGGAGCUGCAAAUAUGCUGGAGCGCCUCGGUGAUAUUAUCUGUGUAGGUUUAAGAGGCUUCAGCGUACAGUGACGUUUCAUCUGAUGUGAAUGAGGUUUUUCGUUCUCGUGUUUGCUACCUGUCUUUGUCGCAGGUCACAUGUCAGGUGUUCAAAGCCUUGUCAGUGAAGUAUUUAUUGCCCUGACUGACUGAGCUCUGCUCCCAUUAAAUUCUGUGGCAUUAAAAAAAAAGAUCUCAUGAUUGCUUACAGCCUUUUCGUACAGGCGAGCUGUUUAUCAUGACCGCGAUCAGUAUUUCUAGCAAAUUAUAUUGCAUGGUUUUGUUUUGGGUUUUUUGUUUUCCAAAGUAUGUUUGUAAGUGAAAGGGAAAGUCGUGUUUAAAAGGGAGAAUUACACAGGCAUUGUACCAAAGGAAAGAAAGCUGACGUUACAUAGACGCUGCCCCCGUGCACAGCUAUUCUGUGGCUUUUGUCAUUUCACAGCAUCUCCUGGAACUUUGUUAUACUAUGGAAAACCUGAGCGCAGUCACACUUUGUGGAUAUAGUUUUACUUUCAGCUCCAAUUAUUUUAUUUUGUUAUUUAGUUGUUGUUUGUAAAAUGCCAGGCCUGGUUGAUUUGGAAACACCCAUGGAUUUGAUGUCACAGCAGCUAUGUACAAAGCAAAAGGGGCUAGUAAACCGCUCAACUCAACACCUGAUCUGAUAAAACUGCGAAUGAAAAAAAAAAAUCAGUCAUUGCUAUCUGCCAUGGUUUUUUGGACGACGAUUUCUUUAAAUGUGAGACAGCAGAAAAUGUUUGACACUUUAGGUUAGCAGCACAGUAAUAGCAGACUAAUUAAAAACUAUAAUCAGUGAAUGUAGCUACUUCGAAUGGCUAAUCCAGAAAAAGCGCAGACCCUAAGUAGAAUUAAAACAUUUGCUUUGAUAUUAACUUACUCAUUUUACUCAGUGGAGAAAUGUGUUAAUUCAGUCACAUUCAUGCAGUGAAAAGCACAACUCUGUUAUUACAGUUGUGAGCAAACAUCAAAAGAAGCCACCCGGGCCUUGGCCUUCCCCACUUAGCCAUGAUAACAGGCUGUGAUGCUGUCUUUUCCAUUUUCCCUCCUCACUAUCCUCGGAUUUCUGUCGGUAAGACCAACACCAAUAGGGUUUUUUUUUUUUUAAACUUCACUUCAAAGUAAUGUGUUAUAAAUACCAGAUGUGACUGUAACGGCUGUCAUCAUCUAACAUUACGCGGCUCCAUAAACCACCAACAGUUUCACUGCUCCCGCUCGACACUCUAGUGUCGUGAUUCAUUAUUGUAAAUAAGCAACAAAUGGAGAAGGAGUACUAAUAAACUGAUCCUUCAGUUUCAGAUUGGAUGUGUUUGUUUAAAGUGUGAUUGUUUGAGUAGCUUGGAAACGUCGCGAGCAGUUGACGUCACUACUGUACAGGCCCUAAUGCUGGGGUUUGGCUCCUCCGAGGAUACGCAGCGAUCAUGGAAACGGGAAACUUAAUCCAUGAAUGAAAAAAUCAGAACCAUGUAGGUUAAAGCUGUCUCUGCAAUGGCUCCCCGAGGGAAAUAUAUAUAUUUUCUUCUUUUUUCCUACAAACAACAAAAAACUUGGAACAAACCCCAGGAAUAUUAAGUUAAAGCUAAAAAGUCGACAUCAUCAGUGAUCUCAUCUGUUCCUGCUUGAUUUGACCUCAGCCAUUUGUUUCCUCAGGAAUGAUACAUGAAUCAAAGUGACCUAUGCUAAGUCUCGCAUGAAUGGGAAAACGUACCCUUUUGGAAACGCACCACUUUAGUCAGCUUGUGUGUUACAGCUAGAGAAAAGUCUAUGAAUAUGUAUUAAAGUCAGAUCAGGACAGGAGGUCAGGUGUAUUUAUUAUUAUGAGGUUUAAUAGAUUUUGGACGCACUUAAAAAAAACCAAAAAUAUUUCUCCGCACUUGAUUUCUCAUGCCAGAGCUUUGGUUGAAGGUUUAGAAGCUGAGAAUAAACUACUUUAAUCUCUUCAGCUCGCUCUCACUCUCAUCGCCAAAACACACACACCCGCUCGCCACACAUCUGCCACUGCAGCCCACAUUCAAGGAGCAGUCCUUGCCUCAGACUUCAGGCUUUUUAAUUAACUUUUAUUUUUUUCCCCCCGUCAUCACACUCGGCGACAGAAGUGCCCGGGCUCUCUGAUAUAUAGCACGUCCAUGUCUGCAUGUGCGUUUUGUUCCUUUUUUUUUUUCUAUGGCCGAUGAUUCAUAGCUGUCUGCUUCAGUUUCUUAUUCAGUCUCAGCUACAUCUCAGAAAGACAAAAAUGAGCUGGAGUGAUGAAUGGUUUUUUUGUUUGUUUUUGUAGUUGUUUGCAUGCAAAUGAAACUAUUUGCUUUUUAUUUCUCAUCACAAAUGUUUCUAUACGUGUACAUAUUGGGAUUAGGUUUCGUUUAGGAUUAGCUGUUCUCUCGGUUCGGUUUAAAUGUUGGUGUACAGUUUGUUCUGGAUUCCCCUACUGAAUAGUUGGUGCCUUAAAUGGGCUGAGCAAUGCACAAGCUUAGGAACUUAAAACUAUUAAUAUCAUUAAAGAGGAGGACCGACUGGUUCUUUAAUAUGUAUUUCAUCUCCAUAUUUAAGAUUUGCUGUUAUCAAAGCAUUAGAGUUGACAAAAGGUUGAUUGUCAUGCCUUAUACGUUUUAAAAGAAGGACACAUGUAACAAGUUGGUUACUGAGAGAAUUGCAAUAAGCAAAGUUUCACUGGGAAUUUAGUCAAGCCAGAUUCAUAGAAAAUAUUAUUGUCCUGUAAAUAUGCUGGCUCUUUUAUCAUUAUUAUUAUUAUUAUUGAAGAAUCUUAUUUUUUGUAUGAGGUCUGUAAUUUUCUGAGUAUUAGUUUAUCUUUCGAGCAUUGAGGAGCUUGUCUCAUGAUAACAUAGGCGGCGAUCCUGUUUUCACUGCAUUUUGUAUUUGUUCUUGAGAGUUUGUGACCAAUUAUUUUGUACAUUGUCAUUUGAAUGAUUGAUGUCUCACAUGAAUCGGAGAUGGAAGUUUGAUAGAUUGUAUUAUGUUCCUUUGUUUGCAAUAAAAACCACCAUUAUUGCACUCAAUUGUGUCCUGGGAUUCUGUUUUUGCAAAGGAUUUUAAAUUCUUUUACUUUAAUUAUCUUGCAUAGAGGUUUCCCUUAUCAAAUUAAAGCCUGUCAGUAAGACACAAGACUAGUACAAUAGCCUUGCAAACCUUACAGUUAAGUCCGAAUGAGAUGUGAUGGGCAUGCAGACUUUCAGCUUUAAUUCAGUAGUUUCACAAAAAUGUUGCAGUAUGUUGGCUACACCAAAAGUUUAAAGGUUUCUUUAGCUUUUUUUAGUCUAAUUAUGGCUUAUUUCACUUGCAUGCAGUUUGGAGCUCAUAUUGAAAAUUCUUGUUAAAAGAUAACAAAUGCAAGUUCAACAGUUCUUAAUGUCUUGAUGCAUG